AAUGUUAUUCAUAAUCGAGAAGAUGAAAAUUGUUUUGUCAUCGUUUUGACAAGUAAAACAUUGUCACAAUUGUCUAUUCAUUAUUGUUGUUUACUUGAUGUUUUAUUGGAGUGAGAAGACAACCUCAGGAAGAUGAGGAUGAUGAAAAGAUGCAACAGAGAUUCACACUAUGGAUGAUGAGAGGAAGAUGAAGAGAGAGAAAAAUUUUCUCCUCUUUUCCUGACAACCAAAAACUCCGUCAGUUGAUUCUUGCUAUUUACUCGGUAGUUUUCAUCCUCUUCUUUCAUCCUCUCUCUCACUUUCUCUUUUUAAAAUUGAUCAUCUCCAUCUCCAUCCUCAUCCUCAUCUUCAUCAUCAACUUUAUCAUCAUCAUUAUCACUUCAAUGUGAGCCAAAAAAACUAUUCACUUUCUUUCAUCUUCCUUUGUAACAAAAAGAAAUUUUUUCCUCUAAUGAAUCAAUUGAUAGUGUUUAGAAUCACAAUGGUUUGUGAAUGAGAAAAGGAAAGUGAUUUAAUUGUUGUUGAUUACGAAAUAACAAUCAAAAGAUGUGGAGACUUGCUCCAUUUUUUCUGGAGGCUUCAGCGUCCAGACAUCCUGAUUCAUCUCUUGGUGCUCGAAGUGGAUCUAAUCCAGUUCUUUACGAUAGUCGAGGGAAUCCAUUCCAACCUCAGCAUCCGAAUCAGUCCUCGGGCGCUUCGAUUUCAGGCUCUUCGCCGGCGGGUCUUCAAUCCUCACCUUUGACCCAAUGUAUUUGGACCUUUUUCUGGCUCGGUGUCCUUUGUUGUAUCGCUUUUCCCGUCGCCUUGGCCGCUUGUGAACUUUAUAUCCUCCUUUCACCGAUCAGUGCUUUUUGCGAAAAAUUCAAUCGCGUUACUGACUUUUUGUUCAAAGUUUCUCAAUUUCCGUCGCUUUGUGCUCGUAACAUGAUCGAGGCGAGACCAGCGAUCAAUUUGUGCUAAUUGUGUUUUCCAGUGAUUGAUUAAUUUAAUCGAAAAUCAAUUUAUGAUUUAUUCAUCAAUAUUUCUCAUUUUGUGAAACUUUGAGACUCAACAAUCAUUUGAUUAACUAAUUACUAUUAUCACAUCAAUUGGAUUAUCAAUGUCUACUUACAAAUUGUUUCACUUUAAUCACCAAUUUAAUCAUAUUUAUGGUCUAAUUGUGUAAAUCAUUUACAACCCCGUGUAUGAUAAUUAACUAAUUGUGUAAAUAAUAUGGAUCUGUUUUUUUUUGUUUUCUAUUUAUACUGAAUCAAUUUUCAACAAUUAAUUAUGUUGCUGUUAAUCAACAAUUAAAAGGUUCAACCAUCAAGGGAAAAUACAUCAACCUAAUUUUAAAUAUUAAUUGUGUUUUCUGUGUAUUUGAAAGUCAACAAGAGCAAUUUACUAAUUAUGGUAACUGAUUAAAAGUAAAAAAU